AUGAGCGCCACAGGAGAUAUUGAGUGGGACUUUUCGCGCACGCCAACGUAUCGGAGUUACAACUACAUGCAACCAUUGCCACGGAUGUCUUACUAUCAGCAACCCAUCAAGACAACCCCGAAUCCAGCAACUGCAUUCACGUACACGUUCCGUUAUCCGUCCAGCUCAGCGCCGCAAGAAGACCAGCCGACAGCAGGAUCUGACUUUUCCCACGAUACAAGCGACGAAGAGUCAUUCCAAGCCACGAGCUCCAGUGUUCUGAUACCCGCCAUCAUCGACGUGGACACCAAGAACAACGUCAAGGUUAUGGUUCCGGAUCCCAAAACCGGGGAAGCGAAGACAAUUUACGACAACAGGCAUAAGCAUUCCCAUAAGAAGAAGAUGAGCCCGCAAUACAAGGUUGAGAGCUGGCUGCACAGAGGGUAG